GUUUAGAUUAAAAAGAAAUUUUCUUAAAAUUAAAAAAUUAAUAAAAAAAUAAGGGAAAUUUAUUUUAUUUUUAUAAAUUACGAAACAAAUAUUUUAAUCAUCAAGGAGUUUUUAAUAUUUUAUUUAAAUAAAAUUUAGUGAAAAAAAAUUUUUUGAAAUUUGUAAAAUAAAGGGUUAAAAUUAAAAACAUUGCUUAAUAGUUUUAUUUCAAAAAAUGGCACAAAAUGAAUCUUCAUGUCAUGACAAGGGUCCAAAAAAUAUUUUAACUAUGACAACAGAUGAAAAGAAAAAAUUUUUGGAUUCAUUCGAUUUUGUUCUUACUGAUAUUGAUGGAGUUUUAUGGAUAAGAACAGUUUUUCCUGGUGCCAGUGAUACAAUUAAUAAUUUCAAAAGAAUAGGUAAAAAAGUAGCAUUCGUUUCAAAUAAUAGUGUACGACCAGAAGAUGAUUUAAAGGCGAAAUUCAAAGAAAUGAAUAUUGAUAUAGAUAGAGAUGACAUUUUUCAUCCAAGUCGAACAACUGUCGAUUAUUUAAAGAAAAUCAAUUUCAAUGGGCUCAUUUAUUUAAUUGGAUCAAAAUUUUUUAAAAAAGCACUAACUGAUGCCGGAUUUUCUGUGAUGGAUGGUCCAAAUGAAAUUUUAGAAGAAAGUCUUACAGUAUUUGUAAAUCGAAUAUUUGCUCAAGAUCCAGUACGAGCUGUUAUUAUGGAUAGUGAUUUUAAUGUGUCUGGUUGUAAAUUAGCAAAAGCACAAGUAUAUUUACGUCACCCUGAAUGUAUAUUUAUAGUUGGAGCUACUGAUAAAUUACUGCCUAUUAAACCUCCGAUUAGUUUGAUUGGUUUGUUUCUAUUGAAUUUUUUAUGCCCAGGUUAUUAUGCAGAAAUUGUCCAAAAAGUUAGUAAUAAAGAACCAAUAGUAUUAGGAAAACCCGGUAAAGAUUUAUGUUAUGUUAUUCAAGAUCAAUUAAAAAUAAAAGAUCCAAAAAGAACAUUAAUGAUUGGUGAUACAUUAGAUCAAGAUGUAGCAUUUGGUAAAUUAUGUGGUUAUCAAACUCUUAUUGUAUUAACAGGGGAUGCAAAAUUAGAAGAUUUUAAAAAACCUGAAAAUGCUGAAAAUCUACCUGAUUAUUAUGCAAAUAGUAUGUUUUUCUUUUGGUGUUUUCAGAGAAAAUAUUUAAAUUUGUUUUGGCAUCGUUUAUAUAAAAUAAUGAAACCGGACGUUCAAAAAACACCAAAAUAUCUUUUAGAUCUGACUACCGAAGAAAAAAGAAAAUUUUUAGAUUCGUUUGAUACUUUUAUAACAGAUUGUGAUGAUGUUCUUUGGCGAUAUUUACAACCCUUAGAAGGUUCAGGUGAAGCAAUAAAAUUACUCGAAAAAGCUGGUAAACAUUGCGUUUUUGUUUCAAAUAAUAGUAUGAGAAGUGAUGACGAAUAUGAUGAAUAUUUUCGUGUUGCUGGAAUCGAUUAUAAAAAGGAAGAUCUUUUUCAUCCAAGAAAAACAAUUAUUUCAUAUUUGAGAAAAAUUAAUUUUGAUGGAUUAAUAUAUUGCAUUGGAACGAAAACAUUUAUAAAAGAAAUGAAAGCAGCUGGAUUUCGUGUUAUUGAUGGACCGGAUGUUUUACCAAAAGAACACUUAAGUGUUUUAAUGGAAUUGACAUCAAAUGAUCCAGAACCUGUAAAAGCAGUUGUUGUCGACGUUGAUUUAAAUGUUUCAUCAGUUAAAUUAACCCGAGCUCAAAUGUAUUUAUAUAAGGAUCCAGAAUGUUUAUUUUUAACAGGUUUCAAUGAUAAAUUCUAUCAUGUUGAUGGAGCAACGUUUAUUGGUCCCGGAUCAUUUGUAAAUCUUAUAGCAGAAGCUAAUAAAAAAACACCAAUAAUGUUUGGUAAACCUGGAAAAGAUUUUGGACAAAUGAUUAUUGAAAAUUAUAAAAUUGAAGAACCUAAGAGAGUAUUAAUGGUCGGUGAUAUGAUAGAACAAGAUAUUGGAUUUGGUAAAGUUAAUGGAUUUCAAACAAUGUUAGUAUUAAGUGGAUGUACAAAAUUAGAAGAUUUUGAGAAUCCAAAAUUCAGUAAAUUGAUACCUGAUUUUUAUGCCAAUAGUAUUAUGGAUCUUGUGAGAUUUUUCAAUGACAUAAAUUUAUAAACAAGU